AUGCUGCAAGCUAGGAGGCUCGGGAAAGAGCUUCUGGUGGGUGUCCACAGCGACGAGGAGAUCCUUCACAAUAAAGGGCCAACCGUCAUGAGCUUGAAGGAGCGGGUUGCUGCAGUAGAGGCAUGUCGUUGGUCGACCAAGUCUAUACCCAAUGCUCCCUACGUGACUUCCUUGCCCUGGAUCUCUCACUACGGCUGCUUCUACGUUGUUCAUGGAGACGAUAUCACUUCAGACAGCAAUGGCGAAGACUGUUACAGGUUCGUCAAAUCAGCUGGGCGCUUUUUAACCGUCCGACGGACCCCCGGGAUCUCUACGACAGAUCUCGUAGGCCGGAUGUUACUGUGCACCAAAGGUCACUUUAUUCGGUCUCUGGACUGCGUCUUGGAUGGUGAAGAGGGAUCUGGCGAUGCCGAAGAGCGAAAAAGAAUUGGCUCUGAAAUGCGUCUGAGAAUCGAGGAGUAUGCAACAGACCAAACGGGCCGGAACCCUGGCUGCCCAGUCUAUUCUUGGUCUUCCUUGGACGUCCAAAGUAGUGAUACAGACUUGAAUGCAAAGGGCACUUGCCAGCUCAUGGUCGCCGGUCAGCGACCUGCACCCGGACAAAGGAUUGUAUAUGUGGAUGGAGGAUUCGAUCUCUUCUCAUCUGGGCACAUAGAGUUUUUACGCCAAGUCACGAUCAAAGAAGAGGAGAUAGGUCGAAAAAGAGGUUGGUCUGGAGAGAAUGGCACUGGUCGCUCGCCAGCCUAUAUCAUAGCGGGUGUGCAUGACGACAACGUGAUAAAUUGUUGGAAGGGCGUGAAUUAUCCUAUAAUGAACAUAUAUGAACGGGGCCUCUGUGUCCUUCAAUGUUGUUACAUCGAUUCUGUCGUCUUCUCAGCACCUUUCAAGCCUUCAGGCUCGUUCCUCACGAGUCUGCCCUUUGGACAGCCUCACGUAGUCUACCAUGGCCCGACAUCAUACAUACCAUUGAAUUAUGACCCCUACCUAGAUGCGAAGAGGCUUGGUAUAUAUCAACAGAUCAGUGGCCACGACUUUCAGGAUAUCAAUGCUGGAGAAAUCGUGCAGAGAAUAUUAAAGAGUAAGGCUUUGUAUGAAGCCAGGCAAAUGGCAAAGGGCGAGAAAAGUGUCCUCGAGCAGGCGACUUCCGCUCAUGCGGGAGCUAUAGCGACUACAUCCGAUCACGUCUCGGAGCCGUGA